AUGGCGGGGCUGGUCGUUGUUUUCGACUUUGACAAGACAAUCAUUGACUGGGAUAGCGACAACUGGGUUGUGGAGGAGUUGGGUGUCAAAGACUUGUUCACUCGGCUUCUCCCUACCAUGCCUUGGAACUCUCUUAUGGAUAGAAUGAUGAGGGAGCUUCAUUCUCGUGGAAAGACAAUUGAGGACAUUGCAGAAUGUUUAAAGAAGAUUCCACUGCAUCCCAACAUUGCCUCUGCAAUCAAAUCAGCCCAUGCUUUUGGGUGUGAUCUGAGGGUGUUAAGUGCUGCAAAUGAAUUUUUCAUAGACACAAUAUUGAAGCAUCAUGGGCUAAUGGAUUUUUUCUCAGAAAUCAACACCAACCCAAGCAUUAUUGAUGAACAGGGCAGGCUUAGAAUCUUACCCUACCAUGAUUUCCACUCAUCUUCUCAUGGCUGUACCAUUUGCCCUCCCAGCAUGUGCAAGGGUCUAAUAAUGGAAAAGAUCCAAGCUUCUGUUGCAGCAGAUGGGAAGAAACAUAAACAGUUCAUCUAUGUUGGGGAUGGAGCUCCUGAUUUUUGCGCAGGUUUGAAGCUUGAAGAAGGAGAUUUUCUUAUGCCAAGGAGGGAUUUUCCUAUCUGGGACUUAAUUUCUGCCAAUCCAUUGUUUACCAAGGCAAAAAUUUACGAAUGGAAUGAAUGUGACGAGCUUGGGGCUGUCUUGCUCAACACAGUUAAUGCAUUCUUCACUGCAAACAAGUCGAGAUCAACUGAUCAAUUGGUUCCAGUUGACUGUAAGUCUCAAAACAGUUCGACCUGUCUCACUGCCCAUGAAGCCUUUCAAAAUGCUCUCCCAGUUCCACUUCCUCGCCAGUAGUUAAGAUUUAAGAACAACUUCAUGUUGAGGUAGCUUAAUGUUGUAUUAUAAGUCCUUAUAAUUAAUCCAAGUAGCGACGAUGCGUGGACAAAUAAGUUAGAAUUAAGUUAGGUUUAAGGUUUGAUUACCUUCUAUUAUACAGCAGAAAAUUGUUGUAUUAUGUUAUCAGAUUGUCGGACGACAUAAAAUAUUGGACAAAUUACAGUA